AUGUGGCGAAGGAGCUUCACCACCACCAGCGCUGCCGCAAUAAAGGACAAAAAAUGGGACGCAUUGAUCAUCGGCGGCGGUCAUAACGGCCUCACAGCAGCAGCUUACCUCGCACGUGGCGGCCUCUCAGUUGCCGUCCUCGAGCGGCGCCACAUUAUCGGAGGCGCCGCCGUAACCGAGGAGCUAAUUCCAGGUUUCAAGUUUUCCCGUUGCAGUUACCUCCAAAGCCUUCUCCGGCCGGCAGUUAUCAAUGAACUCGAUUUGGCAAAGCACGGACUGAAGCUUCUGAAGAGAAAUCCUUCGUCGUUUACGCCUUGUCUCGAUGGACGCUACCUUCUCUUAGGACCUGAUAAGGAUCUCAAUCACUCUCAGAUUUCCAAAUUCUCACAAGCUGAUGCAGAAGCAUAUCCAUUAUAUGAGAGUCAGCUUGAGAAAUUCUGUAAAUUCAUGGAUCUGGUUCUGGAUUCGUCUCCACCCGAGUCUUUACAACGUAAAUCAUCUCUUAAUGAGCAACUGAAGAGUAAAUUACAGAAUUCAGUAUUUUGGGCCACUUGUUUGCGGCAUGCAGCCUCCAUGGGACAAAAAGAUAUGGUGGAAUUUAUGGACCUUCUGUUGUCCCCAGCUUCUAAAGUUUUGAAUAACUGGUUUGAGGUAACUUCUAAAACAGAUGUUCUGAAGGCAACACUUGGAACAGAUGCUGUGAUAGGAUCUACUGCCAGUGUCCACACCCCGGGAAGUGGUUAUGUUCUGCUACAUCAUGUAAUGGGAGAAACUGAUGGAGAGCAUGGAGUUUGGUCAUAUGUUGAAGGUGGAAUGGGUUCAAUAUCCAAGGCCAUUGCUGGUGCUGCUGUCACAGCUGGAGCACAUGUUGUGACGAAUGUUGAGGUGUCUCAAUUGUUGAUUAAAAACUCUAGCACUGUCGAUGGGGUGAUUCUGGCUGAUGGUACCGAAGUGCAUGCUUCAGUUGUUCUGUCUAAUGCAACACCUUAUAAAACUUUCAUGGAAUUAGUGCCCAACAAUGUCCUCCCAGAUGAUUAUUUCCGGGCAAUUAAGCACUCUGACUACAGCUCUGCCACUACAAAAAUAAAUGUAGCAGUUGAUAAAUUGCCUCAAUUUCAGUGUUGCAAAUCAAAUCAUUCUCAUGUUGGCCCCGAGCAUGUUGGCACUAUUCAUAUAGGUUCAGAGAGCAUGGAGGAGAUUCAUUCUGCAUCUCAUGAUGCGGUGAAUGGAAUACCAUCAAGAAGACCGAUUAUUGAGAUGACAAUUCCUUCCGUAUUAGACAAAACUAUAUCUCCGCCAGGUAUGCAUGUGAUAAACCUGUUUGUGCAGUAUACACCCUUCAAACCAUUGGAUGGGGACUGGCAAGAUCAUGACUACAGAGAAUCAUUUGCACAAAAAUGCUUCACAUUGAUUGAUGAAUAUGCACCUGGUUUCAGCACAUCAGUCAUUGGUUAUGACAUGCUGACUCCACCAGAUCUUGAAAGAGACUUCGGUUUGACAGGAGGGAAUAUAUUUCAUGGUGCUAUGGGUUUGGAUUCUCUUUUCCUCAUGCGACCUGUAAAAGGAUGGUCAAACUAUAAAACACCACUUAAAGGUUUAUACUUAUGUGGAAGUGGCGCACACCCCGGCGGUGGGGUUAUGGGAGCACCUGGACGCAAUGCUGCCCAUUUAGUUCUUCAGGAUGUCAGAAAAACAUGA